UCUAAAAAUUUUAAAAUGUUAUUUUUAAUUUUAUUUUUAUUAAUUUCAAUUCCACUAAUUAAUUUUAUUAAUUUUGGCAAUUCUUUAAUUUUUAAUGGAAAUUCUGAAAAUUUCAAUAAAAUUAAAUUUAAUUAUUUCCGUAUAAAAAGACAAGGAAGAUUUAAAAGAGCAAACAAAAAAUGGACUUUAGAUGAAUGUAAAUAUGCUUCUUUUGGGAAACCGUGGAUGUUAGAAGAUUGCUGUAAACAAGGGCAUGGGAGGGCUAUGAAGUUGGGUUGUAAUUGA